AUGGCAAACACCGAAUUAGAUCAGCUGGCUAUCAACACCAUCCGUCUACUGGCGGUGGAUGCCACCUUCAACAGCAACUCGGGCCAUCCUGGUGCCCCCAUGGGCAUGGCUCCCGUUGCCCACGUCCUGUUCAACAAAUUCAUGCGCUUUAACCCGCAGAACCCUUCGUGGCUGAACCGUGAUCGUUUUGUCCUAUCCAACGGUCAUGGCUGCAUGCUCCAGUAUGCUCUGCUUCACCUCUUUGGCUACAAGUUGUCCAUCCAGGACCUCAAGGACUUCCGUAAAAUCGACAGCAUCACACCCGGCCACCCGGAGGCCCAUGAUACCCCCGGCAUCGAGGUCACCACCGGCCCCCUCGGCCAGGGUGUCUGCAACGCCGUCGGUCUCGCUAUGGCUCAGGCUCACACGGCGGCCAUCUUUAACAAGCCUGGCUUUGACCUGGUCAAUAACUACACAUACUGCUUCCUCGGCGAUGGCUGCUUGAUGGAGGGUGUCUCCGGUGAGGCUAGCUCUCUGGCUGGCCAUCUCCAGCUCGGCAACCUUAUCUGCGUCUACGAUGACAACCACAUCUCUAUCGAUGGUGACAUCAACUGUGCCUUCACUGAGGACGUUGCCAAGCGCUACGAGGCCUACGCCUGGCACGUUGUCACCGUCGGUGACGGUGACAACGACCUUGCCAGCAUUGAGGCUGCCAUCAAGGAGUGUCAAGCUGUCAAGGACAAGCCUUCCCUGAUCAAGCUCCGCACGACCAUCGGCUACGGCUCCCUGCAGGAGGGUACCCACGGUGUUCACGGUUCCCCCCUUAAGGCCGACGACAUUGCUCAGGUCAAGAAGAAGUUUGGCUUUAACCCCGACGAGAGCUUCGCCGUCCCCCAGAAGGUCUACGACCUCUACGGCAAGCACUCCUCCGAGGGCGCUGCCGCCGAGGCCGAGUGGAACCAGCUCCUCGCCAAGUACAAGGAGAGCUUCCCUGCUGAGCACGCUGACCUUGUCCGUCGCCAGGCCGGCGAGCUUCCUCAGGGCUGGGAGAAGUCUCUCCCCACCUACACCCCCGCUGAUGAUGCCGUCGCCACCCGCAAGCUAUCCGAGACUGUUCUCACCAAGAUUGAGGCUGCCAUUCCCGAGCUCUUUGGUGGUUCUGCCGAUCUAACUGGCUCCAACCUGACUCGCUGGAAGGAUGCCGUUGACUUUCAGCCCAAGUCCACUGGCCUUGGCGACUACUCUGGACGCUAUGUCCGUUAUGGCGUCCGUGAGCACGCCAUGGGUGCCAUUCUCAACGGUCUCGCCGCCUACGGCACUAUCCUCCCCUACUCUGGUACUUUCCUCAACUUCGUUUCUUAUGCUGCUGGUGCCGUCCGCCUGUCGGCCCUGUCGCGUUUCCGUACCAUCUGGGUCGCCACCCAUGACUCCAUUGGGCUUGGUGAGGACGGUCCUACUCACCAGCCUAUCGAGACUCUUGCCCACUUCCGUGCUCUGCCCAACUGCAUGGUCUGGCGCCCUGCCGACGGCAACGAGACCUCCGCUGCCUACUACGUCGCCAUCACCUCCACGCAGACUCCCAGCAUUGUCGCUCUGUCGCGCCAGAACCUUCCCCAACUCGAGGGUUGUACCAUCGAGAAGGCUUCCAAGGGUGCCUACGUCCUACAGGAGGUCGAGGGCGCCAAAAUCACGCUCAUCUCUACUGGUUCCGAGGUCUCCAUCUGCGUCGACGCCGCCAAAGAGCUCGCCGAGAAGCACGGCCUCAAGGCUCGCAUCGUCUCCAUUCCUUGCUUCGAAGUCUUUGAUGCGCAAUCCAAGGAAUACCGCCUCUCCGUCCUGCCAGAUGGUAUUCCCAUCCUGUCGGUUGAGGUCAUGAGCACCAUGGGUUGGGAGCGCUACUCUCACGAGCAGUUUGGCCUCAACCGCUUCGGUGCCUCUGGCGCCUACAAGGACGUGUACAAGAAGUUCGAGUUCACCCCCGAGGGCAUUUCUAAGCGUGCAAUUGCUACCGUGGACUUCUGGAAGGAUGUUCCGAACAUCCGCUCCCCUCUGAACCGCGCUUUCCAGCAGCUUAUUUAA